AUGAAGCUCAAAGCAAGAACAUCUCUAGCUGUACUGGGACGGAUUGUACACCCACCGAAGCCAUUUUCCAUCCAUGGAUUCCAUUCUCGACUUUUCACAAUUAACAGUGCCUCAAAGCCCUCGAAAUUCUCAGCACCUUUAAGAAUCUUGUUUUGUGGUUCUGAUGAGUUUAGUUGUGAGUCUCUUCGGUCAUUGGUGGCAGAGAAGAGAUCAGAUCCAAAAGGAAUUGCUUCUAUCGAUGUUCUUGUUCGACCAGGUAAAAAAACUGGAAGAGGCAUGAAAGAGACUCGUGAAGUACCGCUGAAGAAAUUGGCCCAAGAAUUAAAUCUCCGCAUACAUGAGAGAGAUACAUUCACCGGAUGGGACCUACCGAAACCAAAUGGAGAACCAAUCAAUCUUAUCGUAGCAGUUUCAUUUGGCCUCUUCGUUCCACCACGCAUUCUCAACAGUGCUGAAUAUGGUGGAAUUAAUGUUCACCCUUCACUUCUUCCACAAUAUCGAGGAUCUGCUCCACUCCACCACACUAUCAUGAAUGGAGACACAAUUACUGGUGUCUCACUUCAAACUUUAGAUCCACACAAAUUUGAUCAUGGCGCCAUUCUCUGUCAACAGGGUUUUCCCAUCCCACAAUCUCAAACAAUAAGGUAUCAAGGUCUCCUGGACUUGGUCACACCUAAGGCGGCGAGCUUGCUUGCAAAGGGUAUCAGAGAUCGAGUCUUCAUGGACCCAAAGCCAGACCAAGGACUCAAACUUGCACACAAGAUCAAGCCAAUUGAUAGAUUCAUUGAUUUCGAGGAGGGAUUAUCCAUCAAUGUUGAACGAAAGUUCCGAGCACUGGGGCGACUUUGGUGCUAUACUCGUACUUGGUGGUCUGGCAAGAACAAAAAGAGGACAAUAUUUGAAGAUUUUGAGGUUGUACCAAUGCCAAAGCAAUCUGGCGUGAUUCCAGAACAGGUGCUUUUGACAUUGCCAAAGUGGGAGUACUUUUGUACUCGUGUGUAUGAGGAUCCUACUCAUCCAGGAUCUAUCAUUAUUCCUACGGUUGAGCCAGGUGUGGGGCUUCGGGUUAAACAUAUUCUCGUAGAAGGUCAGGUGGUGGGUUCAGCCAUUGAUGCUAUGCAUAAAGUAUCAGCUUUCACCAAACAUCCAGACGACGACAAGGAUUUGUUCAUGGCUGUAGCAUUGACAGAUAUGUCGGAGGAUGGUAAACAAUUGGUUUUGCGCGAUGGCAAAGGCUCUGAGUAUGCAGCGAAGCACCUGGUCAUCCCAAAGGUGCUCAAGAUUCACAGGGCGCGCCACAUUGAUCCUACCCCCCAAAAUCCAAGCCCUCUAGGUUGA